AUGGAUAGUAUCGCAGAAGCUUGUAAUAAUCUUAAAAAGGAAUAUGAUGAGUGUUUUAAAAUUUGGUUUUCUGAAAAAUUUCUUAAAGGAGAUUUAGACGAUUCAAUGUGCUCACAUCACUUCAAAUUAUACAGUCAGUGCCUUAAGAAAGCUAUGAAGGAUCAAAAUAUAAAUCUAGAUGAAGUGAAUAUAAUUCAUUUGGUAGCAGAAGAAAAAAAGGAAACUGAA